AUGUCCGGUCCCUCGAUCCACUUCACCCUCCCCGAUCGAUCGCUCUUCAAGUUCCCGCCGGACUACCUCCCUGCCGCCAUCCCUCCUCCAUCCGACGAGGCCACCUGGAAGUCGCCCUUCCCCAUCGACUUCGAUGUCUACAACCGCGCUUUGGACGUCAAGGUCCCCCUCACCAUCGCCUCUACCUAUGUCAUCACCGUCCUCUUGAUCAACGCCUACAACAGACGCCAGGGCAACAAGCCAUGGUGGAUCAGCACAACCCGUGCUUUCAAGGUCUUUGUCGUCCUGCACAACAUCUUCCUGGCUGUCUACUCGGGUGUCACCUUCUACGCCAUGUGUCGCGCUAUCAGCGCCACUUGGCCUGGACUUGACAACAGCGCUGGCUUGGCUGGUGUUGCCGACUCUCUGUGCAAGGUCAAUGGCCCCCGUGGCCUUGGCGAUGCUGUCUACUACAACGCAACCUCCAACCUCUGGCAGACCAAGAAUGCCAUCAUCAAGCUGCUGCCCGAGGGCACUCCCGACUCCACCGAUGUUGGUCGCCUGUGGAACGAGGGCCUUGCAUUCUGGGGCUGGUUCUUCUACCUGUCCAAGUUCUACGAGGUUGUCGACACGGCCAUCAUUGUCGCAAAGGGCAAGAGAAGCGCUACUCUGCAGACCUACCACCACGCAGGCGCCAUGAUGUGCAUGUGGGCCGGUAUUCGCUACAUGUCCCCUCCCAUCUGGAUGUUUGUCUUCAUCAACUCGUUCAUCCACACUCUGAUGUACACUUAUUUUACCCUCUCUGCUGUCAACAUUCGUGUGCCCAACGCUCUGAAGCGCACCUUGACUAGCAUGCAGAUUACUCAAUUCCUCUUCGGCGCAUCUUACGCCGCUAUCCAUCUGUUCGUCAAGUAUGACAUCCCCAUAGCGACCGCGUACACCAUCUUCCACCCUAUUUCUUCUGCUGUCGCAAAGGCUUCCUCGACUGCCUCCAGCGUUGUAUCAGCUGUUCCUGCCGAGACUUAUGGCGCCAUCCUGCGCCGUAUCCUCCUCCGUGCUGCUGGUGACGAGGGUGUUGCAGAGAACGUCCGCGACAAGCAGGGAAACAUCAUCAUGGAGAAAGCACAGGAAGCAAUCCAAAAGUACCAUGAGGAGACCCGCUACAGAACCGACUACGCCACUAUCAACUGCAUUGACACCACUGGCCAGAGUUUCGCUAUUUGGUUGAACAUUUUCUACCUAUUCCCUUUGACCGUCCUCUUCGUUCGUUUCUUCGUCCGUGCCUACCUGUUCCGCAGUGGCUCAAACAAGUCAAGAGGCAAGCGUCACUCAGUCAGCCGUGCCACCAAGGAUGCUGCACAUGGAACCAACCGCGAAAUCGAGCACGCUGGCAAGGCAGUUGAGAAGAAAAUUGCUCAUCUCCCAGAGGACCUUGCAGCUGCCGAGAAGAGGCUUGAGAAGAAGCUUGGUCAUCUACCAGAAGACUUGAAGGCUGCUGAGAAGAAACUCGAGAACAAGCUUGGCCACCUUCCCGAGGAUGUUAAGAAGGAUCUUCAAGCCCUUAAGGACGGCAAGCUCCCUCGCUCGACCAGACCUGUUAGUGACCGUGUUGAGAGCUUCGAGCGCAAGAUGACCCCUACUAAGAAGGACGCCAAGCAGAUCAAGGAAGAGGCCGCCGACAACCUCGAUGAGCUGAAGCAAAGAGUGAAGCAGGAGACCCCUGGCACACCCACCAAGGACAAUGCUCUUGAAUCGACUGAUGCUUCGCCUACCAAGAAGCAAAAGAAGAGAAAGAACAAGAAGAACAAGAACAAGCAGGCCAACAGUGGCGCCGAUAACGUCGACGAGCACACAGAUGCUGCCGAGUCUGGUUCUGAGCAUGAGCACACCGAGCCUGAAAACUACGCCGCGGCGCUGAAAGAGAACCUGAAGAAGGAGGGGCAAUCACAAGAUCUCAAGCCCAAAACAGAAGAAUAG